AUGGAGAGUGAAGAAGAUAGGAACCAAACCGGGAACUCUUAUGCUGGUUUAUCUAACUUGCAGAUGAGAGCUCUCAGUGAUUCUAUGGCUAACCUUAUGAAUGCAUGUUUGGAACAGAUCCAUCUCAGACUUGAUGAGAUCCAAAAUAGCCAACCGGUCCGAUCUAGAAACCGGCAAGAUCGCCCAUGGAGGAACGGACGGCCGAAUGAAGAAGUCGGAGAGGAGGAGAACCAAGACGAUCGUUCCAUCAACCGUCCUAGGAGAGGAACCCAAAACCAUGAUCAAGGUGAUGUCAAUCCUUUUGCUAGAACUGAACGAACUGAUGAGGGUUUAGGUGGAGUGAAACUUAAAAUUCCAACUUUUGAUGGUAAAAACGAUCCAUAUGCUUUCCUUGAAUGGGAAAGAAAAAUUGAACUUGUUUUUGAUUGUCAAAAUUUCUCUGAAAUAAAAAAGGUUAGAUUGGCCGCAGCUGAGUUUGUUGGCUAUGCUAUUAACUGGUAUGAUCAAGUUGUGACUCACAGGAGAAGGAAUGGCGGGCCACCAACCUUUACUUGGGAUGAGCUCUCGGCCUUGAUGAGGAGACGGUUUGUUCCAGAACAUUACCACCGGGAACUCCACCAACGACUUAGACGUCUACUUCAAGGAACCAAAUCCGUGGAGGACUACCACCAAGAGAUGGAGGUCUUGAUGCUCAAGGCGGAUGUGGACGAGCCUUUAGACGCCACCAUGGCCAGAUUCCUUUCAGGUCUCAACCGAGACAUUCAAGAUCGAAUGGAGCUUCAGGAGUAUGCUAGUAUGGAACAAAUGCUACACAAGGCCAUUCUGAUCGAACAGCAAGCCAAAAGAAAGAACUACUCUAAACCGGCCUUUGUUCCCAAACCUAGCUAUCAAGACAAAGGUAAGUCUCCAAUCACAACAAAUACUGCUUUUAAGACUAAUGCCCCGGCUCGUGUUGACAAAGGCAAAAUGUCAAGGCCUUGGCCACUACGCCAGCAAGUGUCCAAACCAGAAAGUGAUGACGAUAAGGACGAUCUAGAGGACAAGGACGAUAAGGACGAUCUAGAGGACAAGGACGACCACAGUCCUAUCUUUAAUGAGGAAGGAGAGUCCUUCGACUAUCCCCACCAAGGGCCGCUCCUAGUCGCCAGAAAAACCAUGGACGAAGGCCUUGGUCCGAUCAUUGAAGAAGAAUCGGACACCGACCUAAACCCGGCCUUUGAUGAGACACUUGAGCCGAUCUAUGAUGAUGAGGACAGACAGCUCGACUAUCCAGUUCACGGACGACCCUGGCAGUUUGACAAGAAGAGAAUACAUGACGGUUACACCAACCGACACUCUUUUGAUCAUAAGGGAAAGAAGAUCACCUUGGUUCCUCUCUCACCGGCCGAAGUCCACCAAGAUCAGCUCCAGCUGAAGAAAAGCCGAGACAAAGCGCCCAAACCAUCCGAACCUAAGGUAUCUCCUAGGAACUCAAACUUCUUUAUCAAAGGAAGCCAGAUCGACUUCGUCCCAGGUGCGUCUCUUCCAAACCGGCCAGCUUACCGAACCAAUCCUGUGAAGACAAAGGAACUUCAGAGACAGAUUGGAGAGCUUCUUGAGAAGGGAUACGUCAGGGAGAGCCUCAGCCCUUGUGACGUUCCUGUCCUCCUUGUGCCCAUAAAGGAUGGCACUUGGCGCAUGUGUGUGGACUGCCGAGCCAUCAAUAACAUUACGCAAGAACCUUGA